AUGAGCAAAGACUUGAUGAACGGGUCCAUCCUGCACUGCCUGGAAACGGCUAGUCUAGGGAUGCCCCUAGAGGUGUGGAAGACAAGGAUGUGCGUGUACAGGAACGAAAACACCAUCAGAUCAUUCACCAAUAUUUACAACAAAGGGGUUGGUCAGUUCUACGCUGGUUUUUACGCGAAGAUAGUAGAGAGCUCAUCCAAAGGAGCAGUCCUGUUAAUAUCAAAAGAACACAUGAUUACAUUUUGUAAUAAUUUGAAUAUAAACCAAACGACAAGCGGUUUUAUCGGUGGAGCUACUGGAGGCAUUUGCCAAUCCUUUGUGAUGACUCCAUGUACCUUUUUUAUAACUGCCAGCAUUGACAAGAAAAUUAAUUAUAAAAAAAAACUGGUGGAUAUUUUUAGGAACACAGGAUUUACGACCUUGUAUAAGGGGAACAGUGCCAUGUGCUUGCGCCAGGGGACGAACUGGGCCAGCCGGCAGGGCAUAACUGAGUGGGUCCGCAACUUAUUCAUCGAGCGGAAGAGGAAGGCGGGGGGGUCGCGCCAAGCGGGGGGGCAGUCAGACAGGCAGUCAGACCGGCAGGCAGACCAUCAAGCAAACCGGCAAACACUCUUCAAAAAUGAUGCUAUGGAUAAGCGCGGCCAAGUUCAUCAGUCCACCCCGACGAAGGACACCCAUUCGUUAGACAAACGGGGAGAUGCUGCCCAUGAAUUAUCCCCCACGGAAGAGCUCCUUUGUGGUGUCCUUGGAGGAGCCCUCUCUGUCUGGAACAACCCCUUCGACGUGAUCCGAGUGUACAUGCAGAAUAGUGCGAAUAAAAAUAUCAAGCUGACGUUCUUUCAGUCAUUUGUUAACCUUUACAGGGAGGGAGGCAUCCUGUACCUCUACAAAGGGGUCAUCCCUCGAUGCUUCCUGUGCAUUUGGCAGACCCUAUUUAUGGUUACGGGGAUAAAAAUUUUGAACAAAUAUU